AUGGAAUCCAAUGCUGACCCCACACCCGCGGUGAAGCAAGGUUCUCGCGAGGGUGCCUGUGAGAUUGCGCAGUUGGUCCAGGAGGUACCGGCUGCCGACAUUUCAGCAAAAUAUGGCUCAGAGAACGAGGUUAGUCUCGGUGUCGCCGAACGGGUAUACCCAAUUCGAUCAAUGGUCUUCGUCGAUCCCUCGUCGACUACUGCGUCGUCCGACGAUCCGAUCUCACCAGUGAGGGGAGCCAGGCAGUAUUCGAUCAUCGAUUCACGAACAUGGGAUCAACUGCAGUCACAACGCAAGUCGGAUACAGAAGGUAUAGCGCCUUCGAUCGAGGCGGCGCAACUGCUGCCCACGGAAGCACCGGGUUCCGGUAGCGAAACCCUUGUCCAGAGCCCCGCCACCCCCACAAACGCGUCGCUCGGUAGCCCAGCGGAGAACAACGGAACGUCGCACUUGGUUACCACUCGAUUUAAGCACGUCGAAACAGACGAUGGCCACGCUGUUCUCACCGGUAGAACAGUCGAUUCCUUCCGGGCUUGCGAAGAUGAACCGAUUCACAUCCCCGGCGCAAUUCAAACCUUUGGUGCGAUGUUGGCCUUGCGCGAGGAGUCGGAAGGAAAACUAGUAGUUCGCGUGGUCAGUGAGAACUCAGAAAGUAUCCUUGGCUACUCGCCCCACAGUCUCUUUGCAUUGGAAAACUUUUGUGACAUCCUCGAUGAGGACCAGACGGAAACCCUCUUGGAUCAUGUUGACUUUAUCCGUGAUGAAGCGUACGACCCUAGUGCCGAUGGCCCCGAAGUGUUCAUUAUGUCCGUCACUAACCCAGCUGGCCAAGCGGUGCGGCUCUGGUGCGCCAUCCAUGUCAAUUCCGCUAAUCCCGGCCUGAUCAUCUGCGAGUUCGAGCUGGAGGAUGAUCGUAUCAAUCCAAUCAGCGGCUCCAGCGGGCCAUCCCCCUCGGUGCCAGUUGAUACCCUGGGUGUUGAAUUCACCCCGGAACAGUUCGCGGAAAGCACCAUCAACAUCAGCCAGCCAUUACGGUUGCUGCGGAACGCGCGUAGGCGAAAGGGCGAAGCCGCCGCAAUGGAGGUUUUCAGCAUUGUCAGCCAGGUCCAGGAACAGAUGAAUCGCGCCGAGACAUUGGAUCUGCUGCUUAACACCACUGUGGGGAUCGUUAAAGAGCUGACAGGAUUUCAUCGAAUCCUAAUUUAUCAGUUUGAUAGCCAAUGUAACGGCGUUGUGGUGGCCGAAUUGGUUGAUCCGAGGGUCACCGUAGAUCUGUACAAGGGCUUACAUUUUCCCGCCUCUGAUAUUCCCAAGCAAGCUCGAGAUCUAUACCGGAUCAACCGUGUCCGCUUGCUUUAUGACCGCGAGCAAGUGACAGCACGCUUGGUUUGCCGCACUACGGAAGAUUUGGAGCGACCACUAGAUAUGACACACGCAUACCUGCGUGCCAUGUCGCCAAUUCACCUGAAAUAUUUGGCCAAUAUGGAAGUGCGUGCCUCGAUGUCGAUUAGCAUCAACGGCCCUAACGAGCUGUGGGGAUUGAUUUCUUGCCAUUCCUACGACACUGGCAUGAGAGUCUCGUUCCCACUCCGAAAGAUGUGUCGACUGAUUGGGGAAACAUUGGCGCGCAACAUCGAGCGUGUCUCAUAUGCAUCGCGUCUGCAAGCCCGCAAACUGAUCAACACUGUGCCAACUGAUGCCAAUCCGUCAGGGUAUAUCGUUGCUUCAUCCGACGAUUUGCUUAAGCUGUUUGAUGCCGAUUUUGGUGCCCUAUCGAUCCGCGACGAGACCAAGAUAUUGGGUGGGUCGACCCAUCAGGAGAUGUUGGCUUUGCUGGAAUAUCUUCGAAUGCGCCGGAUUAACUCUGUGCUCGCGUCGCACAACAUCAGGAAAGAUUUCACCGACCUUAAAUACCCCCCGGGGUUCAAAUGUAUCUCUGGACUGCUUUAUGUUCCUCUGUCCGCUGAUGGCACGGAUUUCAUGGCUUUUUUCCGGCGGGGCCGACUGACUGAAAUCAAGUGGGGUGGCAAUCCCUAUGAACAGAAGGAGAAGAUCGGUAGGCUCGAACCACGACAGAGCUUUCAGAUCUGGAAAGAAACCGUCCUGGAUCAGUCUCGAGAGUGGACGGACUCAGAUGUGGAAACCGCAGCCGUUUUAUGUUUGGUGUACGGCAAGUUCAUUAAAGUAUGGCGUCAGAACGAGGAGGCCAUGCAUGGCUCACAGUUGACUAAGCUUCUUCUGGCAAACUCCGCCCAUGAGGUGCGGACUCCCUUGAACGCGGUCGUUAAUUAUCUGGAGAUUGCAUUAGAAGGUGCGCUGGAUAAGGAAACUAGGGAUAAUCUGACAAAAUCGUACUCCGCGUCGAAGUCCUUGAUCUACGUUAUUAACGACCUACUCGACCUGACAAACACGGAAAAGGGCCAGGAUCUCAUCAAGGACGAGCCCUUUGACCUUGAGGCCACCUUCAAGGAAGCGACUGGCAUGUUUGAGAGCGAAGUGGAACGGAAAGGGAUCAACUAUACUGUUUUGCCACACCCUGGCAUCCCUCAAAAAGUUAUCGGGGAUCAAAGACGUGUGCGGCAGGCCAUGUCCAAUCUUAUUUCGAACGCGAUUCAGCAUACAUCUGGUGGUGAUAUCACUGUCGAACUCUGGCGCCAGCCGGGCCGUUCAGAGGACGGAUCUGCAACAAUACAAAUUGCAGUUCUUGACACGGGAUCGGGUAUAUCACAAGCUCGACUUGAGACCUUGUUCCAGGAGCUCGAACAGGUUUCCGCAGAGAGCGAUAACCGUGGCCUGGGAGAUGGACAGGAUACUUUACGCGAAGUCGUAGAUGAGACAGAAAAGCAGGUUUUGGGAUUGGGGUUGGCGACUGUCUCUCGCGUCGUACGUAAUAUGCAAGGGCAACUCAGUGUCCGUUCGGAGGAAGGCAAAGGGAGCCGGUUCCAGAUCACACUGAAUUUCCCUCUGCCGGCCGAUGCCGCCUCUGCCAAAGACGAGUCCGAAAUCCCUGUUCACAACGUUGUACCGACGGCCCCGUUACAGUCGAAAGAAGAGUUUGUGUUGGUUGAUACUCGCUCCGAGGGACGUAGCAAUGGCGGAAGUGACACCAACAGCGAAAGUGGGAAGGCUACACAGAAACCUGCUACGUCACAGCCAAGCCUGGAUGAAACAUCCAAACUUAACCCAGAGACCGACGGCCUACCAACACAGGCACUUGCACCAGUUGACCAGCCCUCAGAGACGAAGACGGAAUCCACAUCCCCGAUCAAAGAACCUCCCUCGGAAUCUGAUCCGUCUCCUCUACCUGAUACUUUCUGUGUCCUGGUCGCGGAAGACGACCCGAUCAAUAGCAAAAUUAUACAGAAACGACUCACUAAACUACGCCACACUGUACGCCUAACCGUUAAUGGCGAAGAGUGUGCAAGCGCCUACCGUGCGGACCCUGCUCAAUUUGAUGCGGUCUUAAUGGACAUACAGAUGCCAAUUGUUGAUGGUAUAGGGUCCACUAAGAUGAUCCGUCAAUUUGAGCAGGAAACCCCGCCAGAAUCACUGUCAAGAAUCUCUAGAUUGAACGGCCGAAUACCCGUUUUCGCCGUCUCAGCGUCGCUUUUUGAGAAGGACGCAGAAAAAUACAUUUCUGCAGGCUUCGACGGCUGGAUCAUGAAGCCGAUCAACUUUGAACGGUUGAACACCCUUCUUGCCGGCCUCCGCGAUGAUGACGUCCGCAAUAGCACUACCUACCAACCCGGUAAAUGGGAGAAUGGUGGCUGGUUUCAAGGGCGCUAA